AUGAAUUGGUCAUGUGGUAACCCAUUAGUGGUACCAUCACAUCCUGCAUUUGUCCUUGCCACGUCCAAAAAAUCGGAUAAAGAUGUCUCGCAACAUAGCGCUGCCUCUAGGAGUGGUGAACGCAGUGUCUAUCACAAUGAUCCAUUGUAUUCGAACUACACAGAUGGUGAAUCACAGCCAGAAGAACCUGUAGAGAGCAUGACUGACUAUGGCAAUGAUGAGAGUGAUAUUGAGAUGUCUGGUGAUGUGAAUGUUGAAUAUAAAGUGGAUGCAGACUCUGAUACUCCUGUUACGCCGUCACCACGUGGAUCGCAAUACAGCACAGAUGAUAUAGUCGUACUUCAGGGUCUUGACGCUGUGCGUAAGCGACCUGGAAUGUAUAUCGGUAACACUGGUGAGAGUGGUUUGCAUCAAUUAUUAUUUGAGAUUUUGGACAAUUCUGUUGACGAGUAUUUGGCGGGUGCUUGUAACAGGAUCACGGUAACAUUGCGCCAAGAUGGUUCUGCUGAGGUGUCUGACAAUGGCCGUGGUAUCCCUUGCGAUGUAUCUGAUACAACGGGCAAGUCAGGUCUUGAGACUGUACUAACCGUAUUACAUUCUGGAGGGAAGUUCAAUGAUGCCACUAGUAAGCCUCGCGAAGAUGAGAAGGAUGAAUUUUACGAUACACAAAUAUCUAGAAAAUUUAGAUCGCAACAUGUACGUGGUCUGCGUAAGCGUCUAAAGGAUGCUAGCGAUGCCCCUUACGAAUAUUCUUCUGGGUUGCAUGGCGUGGGUUUGUCUGUGGUCAACGCUCUGAGCCGGUGGAUGCGUGCCGAUGUAUAUAAAGGGACACGAGCGUAUUCCAUGGAGCUGUCUGAAGGGCGUGUGGUAUCCCCUCUGUCUGUAUCAAAAUGUGCUAAGCGUACGGGUACGACAAUCGCCUUCAUGCCAGAUUAUGAUAGCAUCUUCCAAAUACACCAUGACCAUCAGCCAGUUGGUCAUUGCAGUGGGUGUAUAUCGGCAUUUAACUACGAUAUUGUCCGUACCCGUGUAGAGGAGCUUUCCUAUGUGAACCCUAUGUUGACCUUGCGUCUAGUUGAUGAGCGUCGUACUAAUGAUGACGGUACUUUUUGGGAGGAGUCGUUCAUGCACAAGGGUGGUACUCGUGAGUUUUUGCAGGACAUUAUACAAGAUCGUACUCCAUUGUACAAGUCUGCUAAUAUAAUCAACAUCCGUGGUAAAUCUAGUGGUGUUGAGGUUGAAGUAUCAUUAAGUUGGUCUAUGGAGCCUUGUGCAGCACAGCUUCGAGGUUUUGCCAAUAAUGUGAGCACUGUCGCAGGUACGCAUAUCGACGGUUUUAAGGCGGCGAUUACUAAAUCCGUCAACCAUUGUUGUCGUCGUGCUGGUUACUUCAAGUCAAAGGCUCCUCCUUUGAGCGGUGACUUUAUUCGUGAAGGGCUGACCGCGAUAAUCUCGGUUAAAUUGAUGGGUGCUGAAUUUGACGGUCAAACUAAAUCUAAGCUUGGUAACCAAGUAGCCCGAACUGCAGUUGAGCGUAUAGUUUCUUUUCAAAUGAAUGAGAUUUUAGAGAAGCAUCCUCAGCUGUUACUUGCCAUCUAUAACAAAUCCAUAGCGGCUAAGAAAGCUUUUGAUGCAGCGAAGCAUGCUAAGGAGCUCGUACGUCAGAAGAAUGCUAAUUUUCUUACUACCGGGCUUCCAGCUAAGCUUUCAGACUGUACUUCUAACGACAUGGAUGCAACGGAGUUGUUUAUAGUUGAGGGUGAGAGUGCAGCUGGUAAUGCUAAGCAGGCUCGUAACCGCCGUUUUCAGGCCGUUUUGCCAUUGAAGGGUAAAAUAUUGAACAUUGAGAAGAUAAGUAGUGAUUUGAAGGUAAUGGAGAACGAAGAGAUCAAGUUGUUGAUAUCCUCUAUUGGUCUCGCAGUUAACCCUCGUACAUGGCGCCAGGACACUUUAAGCCAUGUCGAGACUAUGUUGCCGACCUCUGCCCGUGACUCUAUGCGUUUAGAUGUACCUGAUGGUGAUGGUGUUACGCCAUCAUUACCACCCUUACACCUGAGAUAUGGCAAGAUCAUAUUACUUACGGAUGCUGAUGUCGAUGGUGCCCACCUGCGUAUAUUGCUGUUAGGGCUAUUAUUCCGGAUCUGCCCGCAACUGUACGAACACGGUCGUGUGUAUGUUGCUUGCCCCCCGUUAUAUCGUAUCACGAAUUUGCGUCGUGUUGCUGGUGGCAGGGGUGACGACAAAAACCGAUCAGCUUACACCUAUGCUUGGAGUGAUUCCGAGUUACCUGAAUCUUUGGGGCGUAACGUUGGUGUUUCUUCUGUUGUUGAUGGAGAUGUUCAUGAUCGCUCUGUAAUCGAUGAUAAUGUCGAUUCCAUUACUAUUGGUUCUAGAUCAUUUUUAAAGCAAGGUGACAUGCGUGGUUUUUCAGUUCAGCGUUUUAAGGGUCUUGGUGAGAUGAUGGCCCAGCAGCUUUGGGAUACAACUAUGGACCCUGAGAAACGUAUCCUCCGUCGUAUAUCUGUGCAGGAUGGUAUGCGUGCUUCACGCAUGUUGGAACUACUAAUGGGUGGCGAUGUGCAAUCUCGUAAAGAGUUUAUAUUUGCCAAUGCUGAUACGUUUCAGCUGCAGGACCUGGACCGUUAG